AGCGCCACCUAAUCCAGCAAGCAAGUCUCAUCACGUCACGCUCACGCGACGCCAACCAUUACCAACCACCCCCACCUCCUCCUCUCCUCCGCCGGGCGGGACCCACAUGCCACUCUUCCCCCUCGCAUCCAUCGAUCACUCGGGUCGGGCGGCGCCUUCCUUCCUCCACCACCACCACCAGGCAGCAGCCUCUUCUCUUCUGGAAGCUUCCCCAAAUCGCGACGGCUCCUCCUCCCCUCCGCCGCGCCGCGCCGCCAGCUUCCUCCGGGAGUAAGUAAGCCGUCGUCCGUCCGGUUCGACGCCAGGUGGGGUGGUGUCUGCCUUCCCUUCCCUCGGUACCACCGCCGGUUCCGUGGUGCCUUGUGUUUCUCCCAGCUAGAGCUCGCCUCGCCUCGCCCGUUUCUCCGCCCGCCGGCACAAUCAGCAAUCAAAGGCAGCGCGCUGUCUCUCCACGGCCGUGGCCCUCCCGCCGGGCGGCAUGCCCAAACGAUCACACACGAACACGAUUUCAACAUUGAUCAAUCACGUCAAACAUUAGGCCACUCGUCACCUUGCAACUUUGAAGGAGAUAGCAAAGUGAUUUGCUGUCUCCUGGCAACCGUUGCCUGCAAGGCCCAGUGAUGGCAGAUGCUAGUUCAAGGACUGACACCUCAACUGUUUUACAAGACAACGACAAGAAUCAGAGGAUGGAAAACGGACAAAUUGUGGCAGCUGUGCCUUCUAAUUCUUCUGAUAGGUCUGAUAGGUCCGACAAACCUUUGGACCAAAAGACCUUGCGACGGCUAGCCCAAAAUCGUGAGGCAGCAAGAAAAAGUCGGCUGAGGAAAAAGGCAUAUGUGCAACAGCUAGAGAGCAGUAAGCUGAAACUUGCGCAACUGGAGCAGGAGCUCCAGAAAGCUCGCCAGCAGGGAAUCUUCAUUUCCAGCUCUGGCGACCAAACCCAUGCCAUGAGUGGAAAUGGAGCGUUGACUUUUGACAUAGAAUAUACUAGAUGGCUAGAGGAGCAAAAUAAGCAGAUAAAUGAGUUGAGGACUGCAGUGAAUGCUCAUGCAAGUGACAGUGAUCUACGACUUAUUGUAGAUGGCAUAAUGGCACAUUAUGAUGAAAUAUUCAAGGUCAAAGGUGUUGCUGCGAAGGCUGAUGUAUUUCAUAUACUUUCAGGCAUGUGGAAGACACCUGCAGAAAGGUGCUUCCUCUGGCUUGGGGGUUUUCGUCCAUCUGAGCUUUUAAAGCUCCUAGCGAAUCACCUCGAGCCCCUAACUGAGCAGCAAUUGCUGGGAUUGACCAACCUCCAGCAAUCUUCCCAGCAGGCAGAGGAUGCAUUGUCACAGGGCAUGGAAGCGCUGCAGCAAUCAUUGGCAGAGACUUUGGCUGGAUCUCUUGGUCCAUCAGGUUCUUCAGGCAAUGUGGCAAACUACAUGGGUCAGAUGGCCAUGGCCAUGGGCAAACUUGGGACACUUGAGAAUUUUCUUCGGCAGGCGGACAAUCUGCGACAGCAGACAUUGCAUCAAAUGCAACGGAUUCUGACAAUCCGACAGGCUUCCCGUGCUCUUCUUGCUAUCCAUGACUAUUUUUCUCGGUUGCGUGCUUUAAGUUCUCUGUGGCUUGCUAGGCCACGUGAAUAACCAAGGAUUGCUGCAAUGUUGAGUUCCAUGAGCUGGUGUGGUGAAUUCUAUGGCGCACUCGUUCACGACGAUGCAUUACAGUUACAGCUCGCUGGCGACUUGGUUUUUGAUUGUACAAUUACUUUGAGCUGCUGCUUGGUCCGAAUUGUACUUAAGGUGGUGUACAAGUAGGUUAAUCCUGUAAGUUAUGGUGAUUUGUGGGUGUAUUAGCAAUAAUGAUUAGAGGAAUCAGGAUCAGUGCUCUGUUGUUUGUAAUGGUUAGAAAUUGAUUUAUUAGUCCUAAAUGUAACUCCUGGGACAUGGGGGGCAGAAUGGGAAGAGAAAGAGAGUAAUAAGAGUCUCCCCUUGGUUGUUAUAUGUUGGUAUUAUCGCAUCUCAGAAUCUCCAGUUUGCUUGUGGCAUAAUGAUUAUGUUUAUGUA